GCGAGGAGGUGUUUCUGCAGAAUGGGAAGAGACGAAAGAGUUGUGUGAAGUUGGCGCCAAGAAAGAGCGAAGGAUGCUGAUGCGAGAGAUAACGGCCGCAUUGGUGGACGAGUGGCAUAGAAGUCAUGCAGUUCUCUAGCGAUGAAAUUCCACUGCAUCCACGGCUCCAACGUGAGUGUGGACGAAGGGGGGCGCAGGGCGCAGCGGAUCCGUUCCUUCUGCGACGGAAUCGCCUUCAGUCACAAGCCCCUCAGCCCCAACGCCCGCCUCUCGCUGCUGCUGGGAGCCCACGAGGAAUGGACCGGGGCGCUCCGGAUCGGGGUCACGACCCAAGAUCCGAGCACCUACUUUGCUCAUCGAAAACUGCCCCGUUAUGCCUGCCCCGAUUUGACCUCUCGAACCGGUUUCUGGGCGAGACCACUGCCCGAAGCUUGGGCUGCUAAUGGAAACAGGUUAACGUUUUAUGUCAACUCCAAAGGCCAGUUCCACUUCUUUGUAAAUAGUGAACAUAAAGGAGCCAUUUUAGUGGGGCUUCCAAUAAAAGAACAGCUAUGGGUGCUAGUAGAUUUAUACGGAAUAACUGUUUCUGUGAAGUUUGUUUCAAAUUCUGGCAGUGCUCCUUCAGAAGUAGUGGCUCGAGGACCAGAAGCUGUCCAGGCAUAUCAAAGUGCUUUAAGCAGUGGCAGUACUUCAUAUUACCAUACUCGUAUCGCUUUGAUUGGACCCCCAGAUGGCAAAAAGACUCUCUUGAAGAAGCUUUUGGUGAAGACUUGUGAUGAUUUAGAUGCAGAAUGCGAUGGCAUUGAUACAACGUGCAUGUGUCAAACCACCGAGGACAGCUCCUCCGGAGAAGCGUGGACCCUGGUACGAUUGAAGAAUUCAUGUGGUGAUGAAAUGAAUAACAAUUCGGAGGAGCAAAAUGUGGAUGACUCUGAGAAGGAGGAAAAGAAGGAUGAUCCACCCAUGGUUGUGAUUUCUGCGGAUGAUGAGUUCUUUAAAGCCAUUGCCUGUAAUGUUGUUAAAGAAAUGAUACUGCAAAAGAAAAAAACUAAAGAAGAUCAGAAAAAGGGUUCUAAAAGUGCAUUUAGGUUGCAGUCAAGCAUCGCCAAAGGAGGAUCUUCUAAAGUUGCCAAAGAAGAGAUUUCCAAAGAUAGUGUCAAUUUUCUUUCUUCAAAUGGAGAAAUGCUUAGUGAUCUGCCUAAACGAGUUGUUGAUUUAGUGGAAUCCAUGCUGAAGGAAUCUGAAAAUAAAUCGUUUUGGGAGAAAAAGGAAAAUGAGAAGCAUGAUGUUGAAGGUGCGCCCAUCACUUUUAGUAUCUGGAAUUAUAGUGGCCAUUCAAAAUAUUUAAUGUUACAUCAGUUGUUCCUGUCACCUCAAACUAUCUACCUUUUUGUUUUUGACCUGUCCCAAGAUUUAGAUGCUCCAAUUGAAAACUCUGAAGACUUCGAGUUUCCUGGACAAAGCAAGCUGUCAUAUUUGUCUCUUCUUCAUACAUGGUUGGAAAUGAUAUAUGUUUCUGUUGCUCACCCUAAAAAUGAAACCAAAAACCAAGCCGAAGAAAAUGUAAUAAAUGACAUCAUUUGCACAUUGUUCCCACCUGUAUUGAUUGUUGGUGUGCAAGAAGAUUCAACUACUUUUGAUAGCUUGGUUGAGCAUCAAUUUAACAAGAUCAAGGAAAGUAUCCAAGACAAAGUGUAUUAUCAUUUGGUUCACUCUACCUUCUUUUAUGUCGGCACUCCCGAAACCGUUGCCGUAGACAGCAUGCUUAUGGAACUCAGGAAGAAGAUUCAAGAGUUUGCCCUUCAGUUGCCACAUGUGGGUGCAGAAAUUCCUUUAAAAUGGAUGUUGUUUAGUCAAGCGGUGGAUAGACUUAUUGAGAGAGAAGUUUAUUUUGCUAAUAUUAAUAAGCUAGCUGAAGUAGCUAGGUUAGAAAACAUUGAAUCUGAUGAGGAAUUCUUUUCUAUGAUCCACUUUUUUCAUCAUCAAGGUAAAAUAUGGUUUUUGGGGUGCGACAGAUUGCAAAUAAACAACGAAGAAAACUGUGGCAUUGUUAUUUUGAAACCUCAAUGGCUUAUCAAUUACAUAUACCAAAUAAUGUGCUCUGAAACUCUACAAAUUUUGAAGAAAAAUAAAUGCGUUGAAAAUGAAGAAAAUGACGAUGUGUUCUCUUGGAAACAUUUUGAAGCAUUGUGGCCUAAUGCAUUGCAUCACACAGCCAUUUUACUUCAUAUUUUGGACAGUACUGAUGUGCUCUGUGAAGUUGUAACAGACCAGACAGAUAAUCAGGCUUCACUCACAAGAAAAUAUGCAGUUCCCUGGCUAAAUGAGUCAAGUGAUUUCAUAUGUGAAGAACCUACCAAUGAGAACUUAAUCUUGGUUUUGGAUUUUUCAAACUUGCUACCAGUUGGCUUUUUCACAAAAUUAACUGUCCGAUUAUCCCGUUGGUCCAAGCAACACAACUGGAAAAGAAAUCUGAACCAAAACUGUGGUGCGGAUGAAAUACCCGUGGAUUACAAUCACUUCAUGAAGCUGAGGAAAAUCUGUUACCAUCGUAUCCAGGUUGUCGUUGUCCAAAAUAAGUACUUUGAAGAUGCCGAGGGAAUAAAAAUGUGCUAUCCUGCUCCUCAUGUCUGCUUAAAGGUGAGGCAUCUCCUGGAACGAGAAACGGAACAUUUGCGGGAUGUCUGGUUCAAGAGGAUAUCUUACUCCAUUAAUGUCCUCUGCCCAUGUGAAAAAGUUUGCAAGCUCCAUGAAAUACCCAAGUGUGGAGAUCUUCAGUGCAUCCAUCUCUUGCCACUAAAUGAAUGUUUAACUAAGAAAGUAUUUGAAUGUGACUAUAGGUCUGUAAAAACAGAUUUUGUUCAAAAAUUCUUCAAUUCCUCAGUAUCUCCACAGUAUUCAGAAAGCAUGAGACUGUCUAUGGAAUACAUCUCCACCUCGUUGAUGGGAAAUUUCUUCUGGACUGAACAUGACAUUUCGAGAGAAGAGCCUUCCUGGUUGAAGCACGUAGGAAAUAUGCUUACAUCUGUCAGCACAGGACAAGAUUGGAUUGCGUUAGCAAAAAGAUUAGGUUACUCCGAAAGAGAAAUUCGACGAAUGGAAGAUGAAAAUGUGCCUUCUGUCACUCUGCUGAACAGCUGGAUUAACAGCAACGGAAGAACAAGAUAUUGUAUUGACCUGCUGGUCACAUGCCUGGAGCAAAUGAAUAGAAGAGAUGUCGCUGAUUGGAUUUUGAAAGAACUAGGUCCAGAACUGCCCUCUCCGCCAGUGUUCAUAAGUUAUCAGUGGGAAUCCCAACUUGCUGUGUUGGACUUGAGGAGGCGCCUGGAGCUUGCCGGAUAUCCUUGCUGGAUGGACGUGGGACACAUAAUGGGAGGGGAUGCCUUGUAUGGGAAGAUCUAUGAAGGAAUCAAUAAAGCAAAGGUGGUGUUGUGUUUCCUAACUCCCCGUUAUGUGCUUUCUCCCCUGUGCACCAGGGAAAUGAGCUUAGCGGACAUCCUCCGCAAACCAAUUGUGCCUGUGAUGUUGGAGCCCACCCCCUGGCCUCCCCCUGGAGCCCUCGCCCUCAUACUCAGCUCGCUAGUCUACAUUGACCUUUGUGGCAUUGGAGGCCACGGAGGAAGCGGAAGGCAAGCCGACUGGGAAAGCAGGUUUCGCAGCAUCGUGGAAAGAUUGUCACAUUUCAUAUCUCCUUCCUUUUCCCCCCAGCUGACGUCCAUCUCCAGUGAGAGGCUCAUUCCCCCACCCACAGCACCCGAUGCCCAAGCCCAGGAAGAAGCGGAUCUGUCCAAUGACGUUGAUAAUAGGGAAAUUUCAAUCGAUCCCGAAAUUCCGGAUGAAGACACCUUAUCGGAAUCCGCUUCCACCAGAGAUCCGACUUCUCCGGUCGUAUGGGAUCCUGCUCGUCGCAAUCGUGUCGUCAGGUGUUCUGUGUGCAUCAUUAUUUGA